AUGAAUCAAUUGUGCGAGGACAAGACGAUACGAAAUUACAUGCUCGACCUCAGCAUCGAUGAAGUCCAUCAUCAACUGGACAUUUUGCGAAACGAUGCGGAGACCUCUAGACAACAAGCCGAGUCGAUCCGAAAUUUAAUGCAGCUGGAGAACGACUAUUUCUUGAAGGAGUUCAGGGAUUACCCAAACACCUCCAUGUACGUCUUCUGGAAUGCCGGAACCGUAACGCCCUGGGGAUCAGAUGAACGAAAUGCGGAAUUAUUCGGAAUCGAUAAGAUCAUCGUUCACCCUGAGUUCUUUGAAGACCGCACGACUCUGGAGAACGACUUCCACGAUGAUAUCGCCCUAUUGACGGUAAAGAAAGGGGCCAACUUUUCACAUGUCGUCACCCCGAUCAUGAUCCCGGAUCGGUUCAAGUGGGACGAUUGGGAGGGGCCGUUGGAGUUGAUGGGAUGGGGACGGACUGAGAUCGAGAGUAGGAACGCAAUCGUUGGUGGGCUGGAAGCAGAAGCCGGAGAAUAUCCGUUUGCGGUCACGCUGCAGGUCUAUAACCAAGUGAAAAAAAAAUGGCUGACCGUGUGCGCCGGAUCGAUAAUCGAUCGGGAAUGGGUCCUGGGUGCUGCGAAUUGUUUCUACUUUGGGAGCCGUAGAACUCCGGCCGAUCAGUACCGAAUCGUAGCUGGGAGCACCAGAGUAACUUCGACGAGUUCAGACGAUGGAAUUACGCAAGUCAUCCAAGUCGCCGAUGUCGUCAUCCACCCGGAAAUGAAAGUUGAUGACAAACCGAAUGACGAACUGGACCUCUUUAUCUACAACGAGCUUGCCUUGAUCAAGGUCAUUUUGUACAUUGAUCGUAACCAAUCU